UAAGUUUAAAUAAGGGGCACUCCAUAUUUACUUACUGAGUUUAUCUCAUAGUUUUUCCUUGUCCACCAUUUCAGGAAGUGAAACCGAGGACGGGAAACCACGGGAAGUGACGAGUUAGAAGGCUAGCCAUAUUGUAAUUGGAUAUAAAUGUUAGAUAUGAAUCAUGAUCUUGUAUUUGGAGAUUUUAUGAUAUUAGAGAGAAUUUUAUAAUUUGAUCUUCAGAUUUUGAUGGUAUCAGAUUGUGGUGUGAUAAGUUCCGAGCCUUGUGCAUUUGUGAGACCCGUCUCACGACUGCACGGCGUCUGUCGCGUCUCGAAAUUGGGUUUUAGGGCGUGACAAUAUAUCUAGAGAGGAAACUUGAGGAAAAUUUUUAGAUGGAGUCUCUAGGACAUCAAAAUUUUUUCUUUUUGUUAAAAGUUUGUCACAAAUUUUAUUUUAAUUUCAAGAUAAACAUUUUUUUUUUUU